AUGUCAUCUAUUCUUCAAGCUGAUGUUUAUGUUUCCUCCCGCCUCCCCAUCGCAACCAAGCGCAUGGGCCAGUCAAGUUCCUUCUCUCCGAUAUCUUGCACCCUUAUCCACGGAGAUACUGAGGCUGUUCUUGUCGACACCCCUAUUUCCAUUUCUCAAACCGAAGAUUUAGUGUCCUGGAUCAAGGAAACAGCACCAGGCAAGAACCUUCGCUACGUGUACAUUACCCACGGACAUGGCGACCACUGGUUCGGUAUCACAGUCCUCCGAAAACACUGGCCCAAUCUGCGCGCCCUAGCUACACCCGGCACCGUCGCACACAUGAAAGAACAGAUUAAACCCGAAGUCUUCAAAGGAACAUGGCUAGCACUUUUCCCGGGAAACCAAAUUCCUCAACCCCUCGAGCUGGCCGAGGCAAUGGACGUCCCUGUCUUCGAACUCGAAGGCCAUGAGCUCUGCGCAGUUGAGGUCGGACAUACUGAUACAUAUAACACCACCGUGCUUCACGUACCCAGUAUCCGGCUCGUAGUAGCCGGUGACGCAGUCUAUGGGGAUAUGCAUCAAUUCUUUGGCGAAGCGAAUACCACUGAAAAGAGGAAGGAAUGGCUUCGCGCCCUCGAUAAAAUCGAAGCCCUUGACCCACAUACUGUUAUCGCGGGGCACAAAAGACCAGGGACCGUGGACGGCUUGUUCAACUUGCAGAAGACACGUCAAUAUAUUCUGGAUUUUGAGGACGCUGUCCAGUCGGCAUCAAACUGGAAGGAGUUGGCGGCGGAUCUCCAGAGACGAUAUCCGCGACGGGUCAACCCUCAUGCGAUCUUGAGAGGAGCAAUGGCGGCUUUUCCAGAAGGACGUCCCAGCCCUAAAGUUUGA